AAAUGUAUUCUUUUUAAAAAAGUUUUCAUUUAUUGAUUUUAUAGAGAGAGAGAGACAUUGAUUUGCUAUUCCACUGAUCCAUGAAUUCACUGGUUGAUUCCUGCCAGUUUAUUCCUUUAUGUGCCCCAACCAGGGAUCGAACCUGCAACCCCAGUGCAGCAAAAUGUAUUCUUAAAUUGACAAACCCCUCUAUGUCCCAGUAUUUUUAAAACAAAACAGUGUGUUUGCUUUAAUUCAGAGGGAAGAAUGAGCCUUUGUUAAAUAUUCAUAAAUAGCCAAAGUAAAGCCAAUGAAUCAGCCCUGGCCGGUGUGGCUCAGUUGGUUGGGCAUCAUUCCAUCUAUCAAAAGGUUGCUGGUUCGAUUCCCAGGCAGGGCAUAUGCCCAGGUUGGGGUUUUGAUCCCAGGUAGGGGGCCUGCAGAAGGCGACCAAUCGAUGUUCUGCUCUCACAUCGAUGUUUAUCUUUCAUUCUCCCUCUUCUUCCUCUCUCUCUCAAAAUCAAUAAAAAAAAUAUGAAAAAGAAACAAAAACAAAAUCAAAGAAUAAUUGUAAAAAUUUACCACGCACACACCAAAAAGACAGUCUGCAAACCGGGAGCAUUCAAAACAAAACAUGGCAUGAGGCUCAGGAGCACGCUGCUAUAAAGCAGAUUACACAGUGAGAAAGCAGUGACUGUUCAUUCUUCACAGUGAUUGAUUCUGAUGUUAGAAUUUUCUUAAAUGACGGGUUGAUCAGUGGUUACCUCAUAUCAACCUUGGAGAAAAGUUCAAGUUUUCCUCAUGAUUCUCAGAGGCACAAACAAGGUCAAGUUAGCCUUGUAAAAUAAGCUAAAUUAAGUUUUGCUUGUAUGAUUAAAUUGUUUUUUUUCCUGCUCAGGGAGUUUUUUUUAAAUUAAAUAUAUUUUUUAUAGAUUUCAAUGAGAAAGGGAGAGGGAGAGAGAGAAUCUUUGAUCGGCUGCCCCCUACAUGCCCCCUACUGGGGAUCGAGCCUGCAACCUAUGCAUGUGCCCUGACCAGGAAUCGAACUGUGACCUCUUGGUUCACAGAUUGAUGCUCAGCCACUGAGCCACGCCAGUUGGGCAGGGAGUUAUGUUUGUUGUUGUUGUUGUUGUUUUUUAAUCUUAUCCUCUUACCAGAAGUCCAGGUGAAUUUUCAAGUGGUGAUACCUGGAGCUGUUUUCAAGACUUAUUUAAUUAAUUUACUCUUUGAUAUUUUCAUUGCCUCCUCUCUACAACCUCCUCCCAUCCACGUCCACAUCUUAAUGGACCUGCCACCGAGUACCAGGAUGAGGGCUCGGUGGCUACUUCUUGUCACCUCUGCUCUACACACUAAAACAUGUGUCUAGAGACACAAACCAUGUGGCCUCAGGCCAGCAAGUUUGAAACAGAUGCAGAGUUCUUCAGUGAUGGGGAGCCAAUUUCCGACUAUUCUCGGGAGCAGGACAGUGAGUCACAGGAACAGAACUGUGAGCCACGGGAACAGAACUGUGAGCCACGGGAACAGAACUGUGAGCCGCCACGGGAGCAGGACAGUGAGCCACGGGAACAGAACUGUGAGUCACAGGAGCAGGACAAUAAGCCACAGCAGACAGCGGACAAAGUUUACCGAAUGAAAAGCAAGCCUCGAGGAUACUGUGUGAUCUUUAAUAAUUAUGAUUUUAGCAAAGCACGGGAGAACGUGCCCAAACUUCACAAAAUGAAGGAUAGGGAUGGAACAAACUUGGAUGCAGAGGCUUUGAGCAAAACCUUUAGUGAUCUUCAUUUUGAGGUAGUGCAUUACAACGAUGCCACAGCAAAGACAAUCUGUGAGAUCCUGAAAGACUACCAACGCAAGGACCACAGUGACAAGGACUGCUUCGUCUGCUGCAUCCUUUCCCAUGGAGACAAGGGCAUCGUCUAUGGCUGUGAUGGGCAGGAAGCACCCAUCUAUGAGCUGACCUCUUACUUCACUGGUUCGAAGUGCCCUUCCCUUGCAGGCAAACCGAAAAUCUUUUUUAUCCAGGCUUGCCAAGGGGAUAACUACCAGAAAGGCAUAGCUGUUGAGACCGACUCAGAGGAGAAGGAAGCCUAUUUAGAAAUGGACUCGAAUCAGAAGAGAAAUAUCCCAGAUGAGGCUGACUUUCUGCUGGGGAUGGCCACAGUGAACAACUGUGUUUCCUACCGAAACACCACAGAGGGGACCUGGUAUAUCCAGUCGCUGUGCCAGAGUCUGAGAGAAAGAUGUCCUAGGGGUGACGACAUUCUCACCAUCCUCACUGAGGUAAACUUUGAAGUGAGCAAUAAGGACGACAAGAAGAAUAUGGGGAAGCAGAUGCCACAACCCACUUUCACCCUGAGAAAAAAACUCUACUUCCCCCUUAAUUGAUGUAGAACACUAUGCUUAAUUUUUGUACUAUAAUGCUUUUACUUUAUGCUAUCAUUUAUUUGCAUAACACUAUGCUUAAUUUAAUUGUUAAUAAGAUGAUGCUGCCUCUCCCCCAUUUAUUUUAUUUUAUUUUAUUUUAUUUUAUUUUAUUUUAUUUUAUGUUGUUAAUCCUCACCUGAGGAUAUUUUUCCCUUUUCGAUGGGUUGCUUCCUGCAUGGGCCCCAAGGUACGUGCCCUUGAUCGAAUUGAACCUGGGACCCUUUGGUCUGCAGGCUGACGCUCUAUCCACUGUGUCAAACUGGGUACGGCCCCACCCCCCAGUUUUUGAAGGCAGAGAGGGGAGAGAAUGGGAGUCAUGACAAUUUAAUUUUUAUGCAGAUUGAAGCCAAAAUUUAUGGCUUUGCAAUGAUAGCUAGAUAUUUAUAGCCAUAGCCAUGAUUUUAACUGUAUUUUUAAUUUGAUAAAAAACUUUUAAAAACUAUAGUAGAUACAAAGGAUAGUAAGUUUAAAAGAAAUGCGACAUUACAAUGGUUCAAAAACAGUGGCAGAAUGUACUUCACUCAUCUCUGAUUUCCUUUCAACCCCAAAUCAUUUAAUUCCCUUCAAAUCAGCGGUUGACAACCGGUGGUCCUCGGACCACUGGUGGUCCACGAGGCCCAAAAGGGUGGCGACUGCUGCUUCAAAUUGUUAAGAAUAGUUUUGUUUUGUACUUUCAGUCCCUCUCUUUCCAAGCCAUCCUCCACACUACAAUUAUAUGUAAGGAAAACUUUUCCUUUUUAUUCAUACUAAUUAAAAUGACAUAAGAUAAAUUAACAAUAGAAAAAUAAAAUUAACUUUCAUACAUGCCGGAGUUCACAGAAAUAUGAGACUCAAAAAAAAAGAUUGCCCUGACCGGUUUGGCUCAGUGGAUAGAGCAUCAGCUUGUGGACUGAAGGGUCCCAGGUUCGAUUCCCAUCAAGGGCAUGUACCUUCCUUGGUUGCGGGCACAUGAAUUGAUGUUUCUACCUUUCUAUCCCUCUCUUUCUCCCUUCCUCUCUGUAAAAAAGCAAUAAAAUAUAUUUUUUAAAAAGUUAUCAAAUCAGGCAGAUUUUAUAUCUUUUAGACACAAUAACAAUAAAUUUGGGAAGAAUUUAUAAGACAAAGAAGUUUGGUCUUAAUAGUAAAGAAAUAACAAGUUUUGUUUACACAGCCUUCUUGGCCCUGAAUUCCCUAUCUGAUAAUAUUGAUGCCUUCUAUCCUCCUCAUAUGGGGUUGGGGGUGGGGUGGGGGUGGGGCUUUCACAUGGGACAUUUCUGACUUUCAGGGGAAUAAAACAGGGUCAGAGUGUCCGUCUUGUACUGUUGUGUCUCAAGUAACUUGCACUACAAGUUUCUUUAAAAUACAAAUUGGAAAAUACUAUUUCUUGCACUAAAAGCUUUUAAAAACCCAAAAUGGUUUUACAAAUCUGUUACAAUCUACUUCCAAAUUCCCUUUUCAGCCUUUCCUCUUAUUGCUCUUGUAGUAUAUGCAUUCUUCUGUACAUGCUUGAUUUGCUCUUUUGCUAGCAUUUCUGUGCUAUUCAUGCUUUUAAAAUUAUAAUUUCAUUUGAAAUACUCAUGAAUUAUCUUGUUUUUAAAAGCUAAUUAGGUUUUUUUAAAAAAUUAGUUUUUCAAAAGUACUUCUAACAAAAUAUAACUUUACU